AUGCUGUGCAGGAAGAGAUAUCCAGCUCAAGGCUAUCCGAUGGAGGCGGCGCUUCUUGUUCAGCAGGUGAGCAGUCGCACGCAUCCCACAACGACCGAGUUGCGGCUGCGUCCGCAGCACCAAGUGUGUGUCGGCACUCUUGACUCGCUUCUCGGUGUGGCGCCUCUGCCUCUCUCAGAUCGACUCAAGGUGGUCGGCUACUUUGCUCUCUCGCCCUCCAGCGGGGUGGCGGCCGGUGACUCUGCGGUGGAGCUGUCGCUCGCGCUCUGCGUGUUUGACUGCUCGCGUUUUGCCCUCACGCUUCCCCUUCUCCUCACUGCCGGGCCAGCCGCGGCAUUCCGAGCAAGAGGCGCGGCUGGCGCGCCGCACCAGCAGCGCCCGUCGCCUGCGCAAGCUCCAGACAGCCGCGAACGCGCUGCCGCUCUGACCUCGCUGCAGCUGCGCGUGACCGUCAACCCGCCGCAGCUUCAGCUGGUUUCUCCCCCUACUCUGGACUACGGCGUGAUCAGGGCGCACAGCCAGGUCACCCAGCUCUGCAGGUUGAAGAACCGCGCGGACGUCCCGACGCUCGCGCGCCUACGCAGGAUUCCGGAGGCCCCAGACUUAGAGAGCUCGCUCGACAGAAGCCACAACAUCCCAGAGUUCCCCGUGUCUCGGUACUCCGACCUGGUUCGCUUCGCCUGCGGAGAGGUGGGCAACGCGCCAGGCUCUGCCGCACUUGGUGCUGCUUCUGCCAACACGCCUGGCGAAAAUGGAGCUGUGUAUCAUUGGGGAUCUCCUUUCAACGCAGAAACACUGGAACGCCUCGGACCAGCGACCCAGCGCCCGCCUGCUGAGAGCUUGAGACACCGCACAGCCUCAGGCCCUUUACGGAGAAGCGCAUGCGCGAGAUGCAGCUGCGUCGUGGAUUACGCGGAGGAGACGGACGCUGACUCUCUGCAAGUUCUGGCAGCAACGACCUCCGAAGGCCCCCCUGGAGGGCCUGCCGCACGGGGGCAGUCUGAAUUCGGCAACUGGAAUGCUGAAGCAAAGUUUGCAAACCUAUCCAGCAGCAGACGGCCGUCAGGAAGUCACUCCGUGACGUUUUAUCCCGAGUGGGUUCUCGUCCCAGCCCGCGGCACAGCGGACAUUGCUGUGAUACUGACCACAAGUCACCCGAAAGUGCUCAGCGGAGUCGUUGCCGUGGAUUGGCUCGGCGUCGACGGCGGAAUAAUCCUUGGCAUUCAAGCGGCAGUCCAGCUCCCGCGAGUGCGGCUCAGUCGCACAGCCCUUCACCUGGAUUUCUGUUAUAUUCACAUUCCAAGGACGAUAGACGAAGGCGGAGACGCCGCCGUUUUUCUGUGCAAUGACUCCGACCUUCCGGCAUCCUUCUCGUGGCACCCGGUGCCUGUAUCGGCAGCCGAGGGGGACUCUGCUGCUGCAUGCGCCUUCAGCAAGACAGACUCACGCGUUGUGCGGGCGUCAUCCGUCCUCGCGGCAGCCGACUCUGCUCCACUGGAAAUUCGCUUCAGGCCUGCCGCGGGCCUCCUCGCACCCCGCAGUCGGCAGGCCGUCCACGUGGAAGUCGUCGCGCACAGAGUCGCUCCGGAGCUUCAGGCCGCGGGCGCCUGCUGGAUCUCAGGUCUCCUCAGUCCUCUGUACUUCAAGGUUCAGACGCCAUGCAAAAGCCUUCAGCUGAAGUACGCCCUUCUGGAUGAGGCCACGUGGAAGCGAUGUCUCUCUAUGGAGCCGCCGGGAAGCCCGCAGGCAGGCCCAGCCGUCGGAACCGGCCGCGCGGCCUUCGCCAGCAGACGCACGCUUGGCCUUGAGUCUACGCGAGCCUCCGUCGACGCCCUCCUUCGCUUCCGCAGCCCGAGGGUCUCCUUACCGCCCUCGCUGCCCCACUGCGACCAGCUCCGCGAAGCCGGCGCCGCGACGCCGGGUCUGAUUGAAAUGACUGACGGCUGGGAAGAGUGCAGCGGGCGCGCGAGCGUGCUGGAUACUAUUCAGGUGGAGACCCUGAAGGUCGGCGAGUCGCGGAUUGUCUACCUGCUCCUCUCCAACGUGUGCAGCAUCCCUGCAAGCUUCCGAGUUUCAGCGGUCCGGUACCCCGCCGCGCCUUCGACGCCGCCAGCCCCGGAGGCCACUCCCUUUCAUGCCGAGACCCUGCAGUCGGGAGAAGCCCAGGCACAACAGAGAAGGCGGGCGCCCAGCUCAGGCCACGCAUUGCCAGCGCAGAGAGGGGCUUCAGCGGAUCGCCGAGCUCUUUUUGCCCAGCUGGCGGAUGCUCGAGAACGCCCCCGAGCAAAGUCCUUCUCCCGCGGAGAGGCUGCGCGCGUCAACCGGCAUCAGUGCCUGCAGUCGCCACGGGGGACAGGGCCGCCUUUUGACCUUGGCGAUCCCCAGCAGACCCCCGUGAAAGACCAAAGCUUGGCGGAAAGCAGUCCACUUCUGAGCGACCGGCGCGCUCUGAGCCGGGCGAGCUGCGUCGCGGAGCCUGCAUUCGGCGAGGAGGGGGCCGAAUGCAGGCUUGUCUUGACUCGAACCGCAUUCCGCAGCGCGCCUGGCUACCUGUCGGCUUCCGGUCAGGCGCACUGUGCCGCGGCUGCUGAGGAGAAGCGGCGGGCGCUCCUGUUGUCCGAUGGAAUGGGAUUCGCUGUGUUUGCCGCGCCCGCCGUCGGAUGCCUGCCGGCAAACGCCACGGAGUGCAUUCCGAUUGAGUUCCUCGCGGAUGCCCCGGGAACCUUUGAAGACCGACUCGUCCUCGAGCUCCGCGCCCACCCCUGCGGCGGGUCGCCUCCUGGAGGCGCAGCCUCUCCGCGAAGUCCGCAGCAGAAUCUGAGGAUGCAAGCUCACUUUCCUCUUCGUGUCUCCGCCGUUGGCGAGGCACUUCUCUUUGCCCCACACCAACCCUCUUUGAGCCUCGCCGCAGCACCCUGCCCCCGCAUCGCUAUUGCGUCCUGCAUCGUCCCGUCUCGCGCAUAUAGUUCGCGCUCUGCACCGGCGAAACCGGGUUGGUUGCCUGUGCAGUCUGCACCCGCCGCCAAAGUCGUCUUGCCGCUGAAUGCACUCGCUGCCGCGGCGGCGGAAGCCGCGGUGUCGCGAGCGCAGGGCGAGCGGCCAGCCUCUCAACAGCUAGACGGAGACGCGCGGGCUGCGGAGAGGCCAUUGGAGCGAAGCGCCAGUGUGCCCCGGGGAGAGACGCUAGCGGGCGAGUCUAAGGGGGCCUGCGCCGCGACUGCGCCACCCUCUGCUAUUUUCAAAGUCUUCAACCGCAGCCCGGAGGAUGUCUUCCUGGAGUGGCGCAUCUUCGAUCUCGACGCGUGGGACGAGCAGCGACGGGAGGAGGGUCUUCGCCGCGAGACGGCGGAGAGAGAGGCGCUCGCAGCCAGAGAAGCUGCAGAGAAAGAAAGUGAGGAUGCCGAGGCCGAGAGACUCUUGGAACUCGAGCGCGAGACCCAGAGGCAACAGGACGAAGCACCAGCGCCUGCCCCCGCUCCGACCCCCUCAUCACCCUCCAAGACCCCAGGCAACCGGCGGGAAGCCCCUUCUCAAACCAGCUCGGCCGGCGCGCCAACGCCAACUGGAGCGCCUGGCACGGUUCCAAGUGCAACUGUCCCCCUCAGUGCUUCCGCGCCCCAGGGGUCGCGCGAGACGCCCGAGACCGGCGUCACCGCCAGGUGCCUGGUUGAUGAGGCGAACAGAGAAGACGACGCAGAGGGCAGCGGUGCGCAACCCGAUGAGAAGAGGCACAUGGGAGUUUCAGUCGGAGACGCUCACACGGAGGAAGCUCAGGAGGGGAGAAGCCAAGAUGAAGCCGGUGAUGGGCGAGGGAGGGGGCCGAUGGGGGGAAGUGCCGGCGAGGCGAGUGCAGCGCGACGGGAUGAAACCCUUGUGCCGCCAGACACAUGCGCCUUGGAGAAUCUGCCCUCAAGUCGGGAGGCAUCCUCGAGGCUAGAACAGGGAGGGGGGAAGGAUAUUCCCCCGAAACGUCCUGUUGUCGUGUCACCAGGGCUUUGCAUCAUCAAGGCAAAGUCGACGCAGACGUUCCGCAUCACGUUUGAGGGCCUACAUGAGACAGCUCGCCAGCAUCGUUUCCGACUUGUGGGCACGGGGACACAGGUGCCGAAGACAUCUGGUCCUCAGUCUCCGCCGAUCUCUGGAGCCCGCGCGCGGCCUCUGGCGCCGGCUGGGCGAACGGGGGCAACAGCCUCUUGCGGAGACAGACCCGCCAGGGACUUCAGAGAGCGCAGCGCCCAUGCGGAGCUUGCUGCGUCUUCUGAACCGACCAGCCGGCGCGCUGCCACCGCUCAGAGCAAACCCGAAAAAGAGGUCGCAGCUCUGCCGUCCGGUGAGCCGGGCGACUCCUCAGACGAAGAGAUGCGCGGGACGGGGCACUCUGCCACUUCGCGCGGAGUCGAGACCGACGGCCCUUCGCCUUCUGGCGGCCGCUGCCUCAGCGGGUGGAUGGAAAAGCCCGAGAGCGACAACAUCAACCGAGGAGAGGAGUCUGACGAGGCACUGCGCUCUGCUGGCCGUGCCGCACACACCCGGGGGCCAGCAAACGAAGAUGAGCACGGCGACGAACUCAGGAUCCGAGAGAGAGCGGGAAUAAACAGCGCGAACAGAGUCGGCGGCCAAGGCGCAAGUGACUCCGUCCUUUUGCUGGAUGUCCACGCUGACUUCUACGAGCCGCAAGUGGACGUUGGAUUGGCCCAAGAUCUCCUUCCCGGGGAGAAUGAGGAAAGUUCCUCGAAGACACAUGACGCGACUGGCACCCCUUCAGGGGCGGGCGAACCGCUGUGCACAUUUGCAGCGACUCCAUCGAGUUGGAUCGAGGGCAGAGACGAGAAUGACGCGGAGAGAUCUCGUAAAUUUCCCUGCAAUUCGGAAUCAACGCGUCUUGAAAUCCUUCAGCAUACUAUCUACCUGCGAAAUCCGCUGCCAUGCGACGUCCAUGUGGCUUUCGCCGUCGAAGGGGAUCACUUCAGCAUCAAGGGGAUCAAACUGGAUAAGGACAGUUCGGGCACGAAGCCCUGCAGGCCGGGAGCGCGGCAGGCCUUCGUCCUGCGACCUGGGCAGCGUGGGAGACUCCAGUUGGCCUUUCGCCCGCCGCCCCUGUCCCUGUGGCGAGCCGGUCCCCUGACGGAGUUUCGCGGCUUUCUGGUUGCGUCGUUUCCGUCUGCGCCUGUGGGCACCCGCCGGCAGCGCUGGGAAGUGACCGCGGAGUGCAGACAGCCGGCGAUACGCCUCGAGUCUGCAGAGCGCCACGCCGCAGAAUCUCCCGUAGAUGGCGAAGACGACCUCAUGACGCGAGCCGGAGUGCGGCUCAGCGGCGGGCAGAUUCGCCUCCACGUGGCCUUCGGGCGAGUCCACAUCGCCGCGCGAAAAGCCGUCAAGCGAAGCCUGACGCUGUCCAGCGUCUCGCCAGUAGCCGCGAAGUGGUCGCUCGCUCACGUCCCCAAGGAAAGCUCCAGCCCAACCUCCCCAAGCCGCUCCGCGUCCGUCGGGGGAGCGGCGCACCGCCGAACGCGUCUCGGAACCUCCUCGCGCGUCCCGAUAUCUCGGAGCGUGAAAAAGGCCACUGACGACCCCAACGCCUUUCGAUUUGACAUACGCAGUGGCGUCCUAGGUCCCGGCGCGGAACGCGCCAUCGGAAGGUCACGUAGGGCUCUCUCAGCUACGAGUUGCGGCGUCCAGAAAGUCUCUGUCGUGUUUGAGCCUCGAAGCGUUGCCGUUUAUCGAUCGCGGUUUCGAAUUUGCGUCGAGCAUGGCGAGUCCAUCGACUUCGAGCUCGAGGGUGUGGGAAGCGUCGACGAGGAAGAUGAUCCGUAA